AUGACUACUAAACGUAGCAGAGAAUCUGCUGCUGAAGAAAACCAGAGAAAGCAGUUGGAUACAAAUUUCAAUAAGCUGGAGAUUUUGUCUUUCUUCAACAAUGAAAUCUUCAAUGAUGAAUACAAAAAUAAGCUAAAGGAAUCAAUUGCAACAAGUCAACCAUAUCACUGGGGUCAUUUUACGAACUUGAUGGAUGAUACUCUUCUCAGAAAUGUACGCAAGGAAGUGCUCUCAGAAAUCGCUUUCACAAAGAAGGAAACUGAUAUUUAUAAGGUUUAUCAAUCAGGAGAUCUUGCCAACUUAAGUGGGUUGGAUUGGGACGAUUUAAGUAGAUUGCCCAGCGUAUAUAAGUUGAGAGCGGCCAUAUAUUCUCAACAGUUCAGAGAUCUUGUUUCUUACGUGACUGGAUGUGGAAAGCUUCUGGGAGUCAAGACAGAUAUGUCUAUCAAUACUUACACCAAUGGUUGCCACUUACUCACUCAUGAUGAUGUUAUAGGUUCACGUAGGGUUAGUUUCAUUCUUUACAUGCCAGACCCUAAUCGUCAAUGGAAACCAUCCUAUGGUGGAGGCUUAAGACUUUACCCCUCUAUUGUCCCUAAUGUUCCUCAAGCAGACCACAGUGCUAAAUUCGUUCCACAGUUUAACGAAAUGGCAUUUUUCACCGUUCAACCUGGUCACUCAUUCCAUGAUGUUGAAGAAGUCAGAGAAGAUAGGCAACGUUUAUCUAUCCAAGGAUGGUUUCACAUUCCUCAGCCUGGCGAAGAUGGGUUUAUUGAAGGUGAACAAGAGGAGACAGAGGCAAGAUCAACGCUACAACUGUUACAAUCUAAAGAAUUACAGGAGUAUGAUUUCCCCAAACCAGAAAGAAUUGAUACCAAACCAGAAGAAUUAGAAUUGUAUCACCAAUACGCUGAAUCGUCAGAUACGUUUUUAACAACAACGGAACAAUCCUAUUUAUUGAAGUAUUUGAAUCCAAUUUACUUAAUUCCAGCCAACAUACGAGCCUUAAGAAAAGAGUUUGAAGAGGAACAAGUUGUUGAAAUUAAGAACCUUUUGCGGCCAGAAUAUGCUAAUCUUCUUCAACAGGCUUUGCGCCAUUCUGAAUUAGAACAACAUACACCCACAAACUCUACUGAAGUUAAAGCACCUUGGAAAUGUGCUAUCCCACCACAUAAACAAAGAUACAUGUAUAUUGAUGGUAAAUCACAAUUUGAAUUGAAUGAGGAAAGCAUUGCCUUUAUUAACCAUAUUGGACCACAAGAAUAUCCCAACUUCGAUCUUGUACCUCAACCACAAGACACAGAGAAAAUGCUUUGUGAAGUGGUAAAAGUCAUCAAAUCUGUUCUGUUUAAAAAAUGGCUCAUAAGUAUAACAAGUUUAAUACCCACUAGUGAGCAAGCUUUGGUAAGAAGAUUUAGACCCGGCCACGAUUUCAUUCUUGCAACUCCAACAGAUAAGAAUUUAGCUAGGUCGGAGAUGGAAGAGAAUGUUCUUCUUGAGGCAACAUUCAAUUUAACGCCUACUGCAGUGAAUCAUAAAAAUUGGGAGCAUGGCGAAUAUGGUGGUUACGAAUUGUGUCUUGCUCUUACAGGAGCAGACGGUGGUGAAUUUGAUCAAGACGAUGAUCCUGCGAUUUACCGAGCCAAUGAUUCCAAUGAUGACUCUGUUUUAUUUACCAGUCAAUGUAAAUGGAACAGUUUGACUCUUAUGGUACGUGACCCUAGUGUGAUGAAGUUCAUUAAAUACGUUAGUAUCAAUGCCAAGGGAUCUCGCUGGGAUAUUAGUUGUCAAUGGAAUGUUGAAUCCGCUGAAAAAGAUAAAGAAGAGGAAGAAGACAUUCAAGCAAAAUAA